CUCGUGUGUGAGGUGGGCGCUGAUUGGUCAGUUUAAACUGAGCUUCCCAGAAGGUAAACAAGACGAUCAUCAGGAAGAACAACACCACAACAUCAACUUAUAACAAGAUUUUCACACCUAAAUAAUGGACCAGUCGAGGUACAAGCAACGUGCGCUACAGUUCAGCUCAUCUGGUGACAGCCGUGCCCUGCGUGCCCUGCAGUCGCAGGAUGGCUGGCGUAGGCAGCGCUUCGAUGUCGUCACUCGUCGUCGCAGGAUCGCCGUCAACGACAACUCAACCACCACCUUUCCUCGGGUCAAGGAUGACAACUUCAAGCAGGAACAGUUGCUGCUGCGCAAGAAGCGGUUGGAACAAGGCAUUGAACGUUACCAGCAGUUGCUGAAGUGGAAGGCGGCCAAGAAGAAGAUGCUCGAGCACGAGAAAAAGAAGCGCAAGCCUUCCUUCAAGACUGGGGUCUUCCAGCCUGAACUCCCCAAGUUCCUGGUCUCCAGUGAUGGCUGUGACCUGGGGAAGAGUGUGGGUGAAACCCCAGGCAAGAAGACCCCAUUUAAGUACCUGGUAAGUUCCUCCAAGAAGUCUGGCAUAGCUCCUGGCCCCUCUGGGCACAAGCCAGUGUUCCACACUGGUGGCACGCCCAGCACAGUAUUUCCAAAGUUCUACUCUGGGGUCACGCCCAGUACAGGGCUUUCCAGGGGUCCGAAGUUCCACUCUGGGGUCACGCCCGACGCAUCGCGGCCGCAUGGGGUCACGACUGGUGCCCGGCGAAUCGUCACACCUGACGACAUACUCAGGAGGGACAAAAUCUUGUCCCGUAGAUCACUGAAACCCAGGAGAGAGAAGAAUGCUUCAAGAGAUGGACUGGUGUUGACCCAGGCAGCUAGAUCAGAAUAUAACAAGGCGCUGCGGGCCAGCAUACUGCGGCGUAAGAAGGCCCGGGAGCUGGAGGAUGACCUUGGAGUCAACCCCCUGCCUGGAACCCCUCAAGAGGUUAUCAAAAGGAGGAAGACAUCAGUCCGGUCGUCGGGAGUCGUUGAUGCACCGUCGUUUGCCCCGAACAACUUUGCUUUUAAGUUCAACAUGGCAGGCGGGAAGUCGUUUUCGAGUGGAACGGACAGUGCUGGCACCAGUGCCCUGGGUGCAGGCAUCAACUCUGAAGAUUUGCCAUUUUCCAAUGCCCAGAUUGAUGUUCCUCCACCGAAUGAGGCCGGCGGUGCCCCGGAGGUGAUUGACAGUCGCUUGAACGAGAGCUACACCCUCCAUCCCCACGGAACGGAGUCUGCCGGAGUGACAGAGGAUGAAAAUGAUGGAAUUGAACGUAAAGUGAAGGUGUGUGAAAAUGAUGAGGUACAGGAGAGUGAAAAUGAUAAGGUACUCCCUAGGGAAGAUGAGGAACGACUGCAACUAGACGAAGAUGACUCUGAACCAGAUGAAAGUGAACGACUACAGCUGGAGGAAGAUGACAUAGAACCAGAUGAAAGUGAACGACUACAGCUGGAGGAAGAUGACAUGGAACCAGAUGAAAGUGAACGACUACAGCUGGAGGAAGAUGACAUGGAACCAGAUGAAAGUGAACAACUACAGCUGGAGGAAGAUGACGCAGAACCAGAUGAAAGUGAACGACUUCAGCUGGAGGAAGAUGACAUUGUAGAACAAAAUGAAAAUGACAUAGAACGAUAUGAAAAUGAACUGGAGGAAAAUAAUGACAAAGAACCAGAUGAAAAUGAACGAAUACACCUACAGGAAGAUGAUGUACAGCCAGCUGCAGAAAAUGAUCAGGUACAGCCGGAAGAGGAUCAGGUGCAGCUGGAAGAGUAUCAGGUACAGCCGGAAGAGGAUCGGGCGCAGCCGGAAGAGGAUCAAGCGCAGCCGGAAGAGGAUCAGGCACAGCUGAAAGAGGAUCAGGUACAGCCAGAAGAGGAUCAAGUACAGCCGGAAGAGGAUCAGGUACAGCCGGAAGAGGAUCAGGUACAGCCGGAAGAGGAUCGGGCGCAGCCGGAAGAGGAUCGGGCGCAGCCGGAAGAGGAUCAAGCGCAGCCGGAAGAGGAUCAGGCACAGCUGAAAGAGGAUCAGGUGCAGCCGGAAGAGGAUCAGGCGCAGCCAGAAGAGGAUCAGGUGCAGCCAGAAGAGGAUCAGGUGCAGCCAGAAGAGGAUCAUUUACAGCUGGAUAGAGAGGCAAAACAGAUUGAUAAUCAAUCGGAACGGCAAGACUUGAUAAAGACUGCAGAACAGGAUACAGUUGACUGCAUCGGAGUAGACAGGAAAGCAGAGGACCCGAUAAUUGAAGAAGACGGAGCAUCCGGCAGUGUUUUGCCGGCAGAUGGGGCUGUUCCAGUCACUCCACGGAGGCGCUACCCCAGGAGGUCAUCCGCUAGGUGCUGUGGAAAUGACCUGGCGACCCCAAACAUGCCUCGAUUGAGACCCCGGACCCCGUGCAGUCGCAAAACCCGUCGCUCAAUUUCCGCUCACUGCGAUUCGCCGUAUCUGAUCACCCCCAGUCGGCGGACGCCCGCUAGAGGUCGCCGAUUGAGCAAGGUGAAGUUCACCAGAAAGUCAUCCACUCCAGAAAGCACAGUGGAAUCGGCCAGAAAUGGAACGGCGGUAGACAUCAGCACAGUGGAUGACCUAGAACGGAUUGCAAUGCCAGAAGCAGCGCUUGGCGUAGUGGAAGCCACCAGUGGAUCAGUAAAUUCUCCAGGACUGCCAGUGACCCCAGGGAGUGCAUGUGAUAGACCUAGAGUAUCAAGAAAGGUGUUGUCCAGCCCCUGGAUAGACACAACGCGGCGCUCCAGGAAACAGAGCUGUGGCACACCAGACUUCCAGAAGUUCGACGAUGUUGCCAUAGAUGGGUUACGUGAUGGCGGUGGGUUGAGGAUCAGACAGAGCAGUGGAGCUGACACAGCGAUGGAUGAUCAACCCUACAGCAGCAGUGAACUGCUGGCGCUGCUACGACCAUCACAGUCUGUUGUUGUUGUCGACUCGCCAGAUAUUGAUGUGUGGGGCAUGGCAAGUCGUGCAGAGAUAACCAGUAACAUUGGCGUUCCAGUUGUUACCCCGAAAUCAUUGAGCAGGGUAACCUCACCUAACCAUCAGACCAACCAGGAGAUACCCGAGUGUGGCGUUGUCUCCCCUCCAACUAAACUAGAGGACAUUGGUGGGGAACAUCCACUAGGAGGAACAGUAACAGCAGGAAUAGCAGUGACAGGAACAGCAACAGCAGUGAGAAUGCAGAAGAAUGACAAUGUUGCUAGGCCACCAACCUCAGGGAAGAGAAAAUCUAGAAGAUCAGUCAUGUUUGCUGUUGAUCAGGAGAAUAGUGCACCAUCACUCAGAUUCCCUACUACACCAAUCAGGUCUUCCUCCAGAGUGUCCAUGGGUGUGUUCGCUAAGCUGGACCUAAACAGUGACAUUCUUGCCAACCUGGAUGAAAAUCUGGCACUUGUGGACUCCCCAAAGAGUGAGAAAAAACUACCAGGCACACUUAGGAGGUCGGUGCGUGUGAGUUUGCUGCCGGGCAUGACCACGGACCCUGUUGGCAAGCAACAGGAGCCAGUCACUGGUGACUUGAUUAGCUGGGAGUCUCCUGUUGUCAGCAAGAGGAGGAGUCUUAGGAAGUCAACAGUGUUGAGCUACGCCACCCCAAAGAGACAGUCACGACGUCUAAGCAAGGCUGCGGGACCCUAGGAGUCAUCAUGGAGCAUCUGCGGCGCUACUCCAGCUGGAUAAGUCCCAUCCAAAAGUGAUUCCGCUCUGCAGAGCUGAAUUAGGCCUGUCCAGGAGUCAUUCCACUCUGCAGAGCUGGAUUAGGCCUGUCUAGGAGUCAUUCCACUCUGCAGAGCUGGAUUAGGCCCGUCUAGAAAUAUCCUGCCUAGGCUGUGUACACUACAUAUCUGCCUCUGGUUAAUACACUACUACUGUGCCUUUGUAAAUACAAAUUAAUUCAUACAAGGUGUAUAUCUGCCCAGGCCAUUUAGAGAGAUCACACAUAGGCCAGAAGAGCUUUACUUGACUCCUUUUUAAUUUCUAGUGCUCCGUAGACUCGUUCUACCUGUGGUUCAUACACAGAUACUACUACCGAGCCUCUGUAUAUACCACAGAUCAAUACAUACGAGGUGUAUGGUUACCCAGGCCAUUUAGAGCAAUAACGCAAAGGCCAGAUAAACGGCAGUCUACAAAAUUGAUUUUCAAGUUUUGCAAAGGCCAGAUGCAUUUGAAUUCAAGAUUUUAUAUAUUUUCUUAGUGCUUUAUUUUUUAAAGGAUUUAAGGAGGGUCAUUUAACCAACCACUUCUGUUAUAGGCCUAAGUCUUAAAUGUCAUCGUAGGAGGUACUUUUUCACCUUAAUGUUUCGGACAGGACAAUAAAAUGGCCUCAAGCCAACACUGUAGUAGAAGAAAUAACUUUAAUGGUACUUGAAGGCCAUUUAACCCUUAAACUGUCCAAACUUAGAUCUACGUUCGGUCGCGUAGCACUCCGAACGUAGAUCUACGUUUUUUACAUGCUUUCUUAUGGAGAAAAUCAAGGUCGGAGUGCUACGCGCACAAACGUAGAUCUGCGUUUGGGCAGUUUAAGGGUUAAUGAGAAAAUGUGCUUAGGCCUACUUUCUGGAUGCUUCUGGCCAUUUAAAUAAAUUAGAAGGCUUAAUUGUUCUUAAUACAUCUCUGCAUAGGCAUAUAUUUAUUUUAAUAGGCCUUAUGCCUUUUCUUGGGCUAUUAUUUACAAAUAAUAUAGUUUACAUUCUUAAUAGGCACAUGUCCUCGUGCCUAAGACCUUUCUUUUAUAUUUUUAAAAGGCACAUGUGCUUAGGCUGAAAGCAUUUUUCUUGGAAAUUCUUUACGGAUUACUAGUUUAUAUUAUAUUGCCCUUACGGGUUUGGUGCUUCUCUGUAAGUGCUGUUAUUUUUGCCUUUUAUAAAGAGAGGCCUUUUAGUGGCAUAUGUUUAACCUGUGACAUUGUAGGCUGUGUAUAUAUAGUAUAUUCUGUUCAAAAUGUUUGGACAGAUUUUUAUUGGUCUGUUUGAAUAUGGUAGGCCUAUUUUGUACAGCCUACCAUUGUUUUUGCUAGGCCUAUUUUGUGUAUAUACAGCCUACCAUUAUUUCUGAAUGUUAGGGAUAUCUUCAUGUACAGCCUACCAUUUUUUAAUAUGCUAGGCCUAUCUUGUAUAUCAUGUCAUUAUUUUUUAAUAUACUAGGCCUAUCUUCAUGUACAUCCUACCAUUAUUUCUGGAUAAGAUAGGCCUGUCAUGUACAGCCUACCAUUUUCUGAAUAUACUAGGCUUCUCAUUCAUAUACAGCCUACUAUUGUCAGUAUAGUAGGCCUAUAUUAUGUACCUGAGUUAUAUAGAAUAUAAUGUAUUAUAUUUAAUCAAAGGAA